AUGAACAUAGCAGCCAAGUCGUACCUCGAUGAGCUUCUCACUGGCGAUGCCGAUCCGACCUCCCCGACAACCAAGUCACGUGUUAUUCAAACCGCAUCAGAACGCUACUUCCCGCAAUCACUUAACCUCGCUGGCGAUCUCAAGUCCGCAUUCUCACUAUGGGACGCCAUAUGUGCCGGUGUCAAGUCCGCGAAUAACUCUACUGUGCCAGACGCGACAAAGCAGGUCUGGGCAGAGGCAGAUAAGUGGCUCGCUGAACGACGGUAG